CGCGAUCCCGCGCAAAUUGAAAGGUCCCCGGCUGCGCUUGCAGCCACGGCGGCUUGCUGGUGUUCUGCGCCCCGAUGCAGGUUUGAGGAGCCGCAGCGCCUGGGAUGGGCUUGCGGGCCAUGCCUGUUCAUUCCUUGGAGACAGGACUACGGUGAAGCCGCCGCUGCUGUUACCUCGGGUGCCACGGGCGAUCUCCUGGGUUGACUUGGCACGAUGGGGAUUCAGGGACUGCUUCAGUUCAUCAAGGAAGCUUCGGAACCCGUCAAUGUGAAGAAGUACAAAGGCCAGGCUGUCGCUGUGGAUACCUACUGCUGGCUUCACAAAGGAGCUAUCUCUUGUGCUGAAAAGCUCGCUAAAGGGGAGCCUACUGAUAAGUAUGUAGGAUUUUGUAUGAAGUUUGUUAAUAUGCUGCUGAACCAUGGGGUCAAGCCUAUUCUUGUCUUUGAUGGAUGUACCUUACCUUCUAAAAAGGAAGUGGAGAGAUCUCGAAGAGAGAGACGACAAAGCAACCUUCUUAAAGGGAAGCAGCUUCUUCGAGAGGGCAAAGUGUCAGAAGCCCGAGAAUGCUUCACUCGCUGUGUCAACAUUACCCAUGCCAUGGCCCACAAAGUAAUAAAGGCUGCCCGGGCCCUGGGAGUGGACUGCCUGGUGGCUCCGUAUGAAGCAGAUGCUCAGUUGGCCUAUCUUAACAAAGCUGGGAUUGUGCAAGCUGUCAUCACGGAAGACUCUGACCUCCUCGCCUUCGGCUGUAAGAAGGUGAUUUUAAAAAUGGACCAGUUUGGGAAUGGACUGGAAGUGGAUCAGGCACGGCUGGGCAUGUGCAAGCAGCUUGGGGACGUGUUCACGGAGGAGAAGUUCCGGUACAUGUGCAUUCUGUCGGGCUGUGACUACCUCUCCUCCCUGCGUGGGAUCGGCCUAGCCAAGGCCUGCAAAGUCCUGAAGCUGGCCAAUAACCCGGAUAUCGUCAAGGUUAUCAAGAAAAUCGGGCAUUAUCUCAAGAUGAAUAUAACGGUGCCGGAGGAUUAUAUCACCGGGUUCAUCCGAGCCAACAACACCUUCCUCUACCAGCUGGUGUUCGACCCCAUCCAGAGGAAGCUGGUCCCUCUGAAUGCCUAUGGCGAUGAUGUUAACCCGGAAACCCUGAGUUACGCUGGACGGUAUGUCGAUGAUUACGUAGCUCUACAGAUAGCGCUUGGAAACAGAGAUAUAAAUACUUUCGAGCAGAUAGAUGACUACAGUCCAGACACUAUGCCUGUCCACUCAAGAAGUCAUAGCUGGAAUGACAAAUCGUGUCAGAAGUCACCUGUUUCCAACAGCAUUUGGCACAGGAAUUAUUGUCCUAGACGUGAAGUGAAUGGUGUUUCCCAUGCUCCUCCGUUGAGGGAAAAUUCAAGUACUGUGGGCCUUAAACAAGUGAUUAGUACUAAAGGGUUAAAUCUUCCUAGGAAGCCUUCCACGUUCAAGAGACCAAGAAAUGAAGCUCUGUCUGAAGAUGACCUAUUGAGUCAGUAUUCUUCAUUUACAAAGAAGACCAAGAAAGACAGCUGUGGAGAUAGCGCAGCUUCUAACUCUUCUGAAAUGUCUGCACACCACCUGGAUGAUGGGACUGCUCACAAGACGGAUGCGCACACGCCGUCUAGGACAAGGAACAAAUUCGCAGUGCUUUUACAGAGGAAGAACGAAGAAAGCGGCGCAGUUGUAGUUCCGGGGACCAGAAGCAGGUUUUUUUGUAGUUCUCCAGAUUUUGACGAUUUUGUACCAAAAAAAGCAAGCAGUCAGCCUCUAAAUGAAACUGCUGUCACAGGCAAAGCCACUACCAGCUUCAGAGCACUGAGCUGUCCAGGCACAGAUGGCCUUGGAGCCCCGGACUGUCCAGGCACAGAUGACCUUGGAACACCAGACUGUCCAGGCACAGCCAACCUCAGAGCACCAGACUGUCCAGGCACAGCCGACCUCGGAGCACCAGAGUGUACAGGCACAGACGACCAGAAACUAGUUGGUAUAAGUGGGAUGCAGGAUCCAAGUGCUCAGAUCCCAGGCAGUGUGACUGUGUCUCCUGAUGAGGCUCAGUCUUCUGAGACCAGUAAAUUCGUAGCAACCAUUUCCCCGCCCUCUCUGGGGACACUUAGAAGUUGUUUCAGUUGGUCAGGAACUCUUAGAGAUUUUUCAAGAACUCCAAGUCCCUCUCCAAGCACUGCGUUGCAGCAGUUCCGAAGAAAGAGCGAGUCCUCGUCCUGUGUGCCAGAGACCAGUGCCUUGACUGACACAUGUCAUUCAAAAAGUGAGAUGUCAAGUGCUAAGUCUCCGCCCUUGCAUGAGGUGGGCUGGUCCUCACGAUGUCAGGAAAGCAUAGACUCCCCGUGCAGUUUAAAUGCAUCGAACCUUCCUCAUCCAUCCAGUAAGGAUUCGGAUUCAGAGGAACCGGAUUGUAACAAUAAAUCACUUGAUAAUCAAGGAAAUCAGAACUCCAAGCAACAGUUACCUCCCUUUUCAAAGAGAGACACACUUGUAAGGAACAAGGUACCUGGGCUGUGUAGGUCUAGUUCUACGGACACACUUUCUACAACCAAGAUCAAGCCCCUGGUGCCUGCCAGAGUCAGUGGCCUGAGCAAGAAGCCAGGAAGCGUCCAGAAGAGAAAACACCAUGAUACCGAGAACAAGCCAGGGCUGCAGAUAAAGAUCAGUGAACUCUGGAAAAACUUCGGGUUUAAAAAAGAUUCUGAAAAGCUCUCUUCCUGUAAGAAGCCCCUGUCCCCAGUCAAAGACAACAUCCAGCUCACUCCAGAAUCAGAAGAGGAGCUCUUUAACAAGCCCGAGUGUGCGCGUGCUCAGAGAGCAAUAUUCCACUGAGUGGGGACUGCUGUCUGCAGGAAACCUUACCGGUUCCAGAGAUUAUUACUAUCAAUGCCAUUUUAAAAAUGGAAUGCAUUUUGUAUGUUAACUUUGAGUUUUGCUCAGCUUUUUAUAUUGUCAUAAAAAGCUAACUAGAAGAAUAAAUGUGCCUUUCACAUUUCUGGGAUUUCAGUGCUAAUGGGGAAGUCUGAUGCUGAUAACAUCUAAAGGAUUUUCUAAUGUCAGUAGAGAAUGGAAAUAAAGAAGCUUUACAAAGAAAUAAAAACAUCACACUCCAAAAUUAACCAGAGCCAAAAUGUACAACUCAAUGAACUUCAAUACAGUUAAAACUAGCAUUAUAAUUCAUGUAUAUGUUUGUGCAUGUGAGGACAACGAAGCCUGUGGAGUCCAGAGGAGGGUACCAGAUUCUCUAGAGUUGCAGUCACAGAUGUUUGUGAGCCAGCAGUGAGUACUGGGAAUAAAAUCCAGGUCCUCUGUAAGAGCAGCAUGUGCUCUUAACAGUGUUCCAUCUCUCUGCUCAUCCCCAUCCCAUUGUCCAGGUUUUCCUUUGUUGUUUGGGUUUUUGUCUGUUUUUGUGGUUUUGAGACAGGGUCUCCCUAUGUGGCACUGGCUGCCCUAGAGCUCACUCUGUAGACCAGGCCGUCCUCAAACUCACAGAAAUCUGCCUGCCUCUGCCUCCCGAGUGCUGGGGUUAAAGGUGUGUCCCCAUUGUCCAAUUUUUAUUGUUGUUAGUGGAAGAAUCACUUCAAGACUUAUUCCAUCCUAAGACGUGGGGGAAGCCAGUGUUUUUGGUUUGGAUUUUGGUUUUUUCGAGAUAGGGUUUCUCUGUAUAGCCCUGGCCUUCCUGGAAUUCUUUGUGUAGACCAGACUGGCCUUGAACUCAGUUUUAUCUGCCUCUGCCUCCCCAAAGUAAUGGGAUUAAAGUUAUGUGUCACCACCCCCUGGCGGGAUUUUUGUUUUUUAAGUGAAAAAAAUUAACUACUCAACCACAAUAAAGACUAUUCUAAAAUGUC